UUGAGGAGCCAGUCAGCCCAGAGCAUGCACAGCUAAAGGAGAGGCAUGGGAAAGGGGGAGAGGAAACACUGACACUGGAUGCUGAGGAUGUAUUGGCAGGCAAGAAAUACUCCCCAUGACCACAGUUAAGUUGGUGGAGGGAUGGAUGGAGUGAGGAAGCUGCCUGAGCCAUGAAAACAGGAACCAACAUGAAGAUUGCUGGGAAGACCGUGUAUGUUUUUGUGCUGCUCACCGUCACCAUGGUCAUGAGAUUAGCAGGAAACAACUCCUCAGUGUUAGUGAUGACUGUAGGUAACAGCUCAGUUCUCACCUGCUUUCUCAAAGGAAAUAUAACUAUGCUAACAUGGACAAUAACCCCCAAGGCUGGAGGCCUGUGCACCUUGGUAUACAGGGUUGAUACGAACGAGACACACAGAACAACCUGUAGUGACAACAUAAACUGGAUAUUCAGAGCAGGUCUGCCUCCUGCCCUUGGGAUAUGGCAAGUGGGGCUAGCCCAGGAGGGAAAUUACAGCUGUGAAGCGGCAACAACAGAAGGGAAUUUCCACACAAGGUACCACCUGACCGUGCUGGCCCCCCCGAGGCUGAGCCUGUCCUGUGAUGAGCAGGGCAGCCCUGUGUGUGAGGCAGCGGCAGGGAAGCCACCGGCUCAGCUCUCCUGGGUCCCAGAGGGCAGCUCCACUGCAGAGGAGAAGUGCCACAACAACGGGACAGUGACUGUUCUCAGCAAGUUCACAGCGUGUAGCACCAAUGUCACCAAUGUGACCACCUGCAUGGUGUCCCACCCAGCUGGGAACUGGAGCCAGUCCAUAUCCUGCUGUCCCUCAGAGAAAAUCGACACCAACGUUUUCCUGUAUGCCUGCAUCAUUACUUGUGUUCUGAUCAUUAUCACCUUGCUGGCUGUCAUUUACUAUUUCAAGCUCCAUGGUGAUAGACAAUGCCACAAAACCAAACCUCCUGAAAUUGCUCCUAUACAUUCCCAACAGGAUGACACAAUGGAAGUGGAACCUUAUACUACUUAUGUUCAGAAGGAAAAUGUAAUUUACAACUCAGUGUCUGAUCUGACAGUGGGGCAGAAUCUUCCACAGGAGUUGUGCCCAGGAACAUGAAUGAUUCAACAACAUCAGAAAAGGAAAGAGAUUCUUUAUGGAAGACUGGUUAUAGAAAGAAACUUGGAGGAUUUCUUCAGAUUUUGGGGCAGCAUAGAUCACUAGGUCUGUUCAAACACCUCUGCUUGCUGAUGAGUCCAUAAUUCUUUUUUUCUCCCUGUUUUGCUUUCUUCCUUGGGAAAAUGUGUUAUUCCUUGGGAAUAUAUGACUGACCACACACCAUAGUUUUUCCUGGAAAAGAAGCUGUGAGCAGUCUUCCCUUUGCUGUUGUUGCCUGGGGAUCCUAGUUCUGUCAGUCACUUGUAGUUGUUACUUUGAUGCACUUGACACUAUGAUGUACACAUUUGGGAGACAGAGGAGUGUUCUGUCUGAACUGAAACAAAACACUCUUCCACCAACAGCCACUUUUUUCUAAUACAUAUGUUAAUAACACAUGACCUGAUGACCUACUGAUCAUCACUGAAUACCUCAAAUAGCAGAAAAUAAUGGUAGGGAAGACUUAGUUCUGAAAAUGGAAAUAAGGGAUAAAUUUAGAAGGUCAUCCACUAAGAAGGAGACUGCACUAGCAUGACUAAUUCACUUGUUAGGUUCAUAUCCAGUAUUUCAUGCCAUUAUGGAGUGUCAUCCAGAAGAAUCUGGACAAGGUUGACAAGUAGGCCAAUGGGAAUCUCAUGAGAUUUAACAAGACCAAGUUCAAGGUGCUGCACCUGGGCUGGGACAACCCCUGGUAUCAACACUGACUGGGGCAUGAACAGAUUGAGAGCAGCCCUGCUGAGAAGGACUUGGGGUGGAUGAGAGGCUGGCCAUGACCCAGCAAAGUGCACUUGCAUCCCAGAAAACCAAACGUCUCCUGGGCAGCAUGGCCAGCAGGGGAAGGAAGGGAUUCUGCUCCUCUACUCUGCUCUUGUGAGACUCCACCUGCAGUGCUGCAUCAGCUCUGGGGUCCCCUGCACAAGCAGGACAUGGACCUGCUGGAGCAGAUCCAAAAGAGGCCAUCAAGAUGAUUAGAGGGAUGGAACACCUCUCCUGUGAGGAAAGGCUGAGAGAGUUGGGAUUGUUCAGCCUGGAAAAGAGAAGGCUUUGGGGUGACCGAAUUUUGGCCUUCCAGCACCUGAAGAGAAAGACAGAAAUGGACUUUUACAAGAGCAUGAAGUGACAGGGUAGUGGGGAAUGGAUUCAGAAUGAAAGAGAGUAGGGUUAGAUAAAAUAUUAGGAGGAAAUUCUUUUCUUUGAGGGUGGUGAGACAUUGGAGUAGGUUGACAGAGAAGCUGUGGAUGCCCCACCCAUUGAAGUGUUCAAGAACAGGUUGGAUGGAGCUCUGAGAAACCUGGUCUAGUGAAAGGUGACCCUGCCAGUGCCAGGGGGGUGCACCUUGAUUUUUUAAGGUCCCUUCCAACCCAAACCACUCUAUUACUUUGUGAUUUCCACUAAAUAUGUUCAUUCUGUGUUUCAGAUCACUGGUAUGAUUAUUUUUCUAUAAGAUUCCAUGACGAAAUGGCAUUCCUCUCUUUCUUAAGAGUAUAAGCAUUAAGAUACUGUAAAAUAACCAAAAACAAAGUAAAUAUUUCACAAAACAAAACAAGUACAAAUAUAUCUUCUAUAAAUGUGCAAUAAUGUACAAAAAAGAUAAAAUGCUUGCUAGUUGUAGUAAUAUUUAUUUUUAUUACCAAAACGGAAGUUUCGUUUCAUUUGUAUGUCUAGAUAUUUUACUUAUAUUCUUUUCAAUGUACUUCCAAGUUCACUUUUUUGUAUGCAAAUUAGCUUAUGUAUCUUAUUGUGUCUCAUUUUGAGGUUACUUAUUCUCAUCUUCACAAAAUAUUCCUUGGAAAUAAGAAAAAUAAAUUGUCCUCUAUAUAGUAGCAGUUGUCAACUGUUUUUGAUUGAUGUCUUUCUAGCAAAAGUAUGAACUGGUUUUACAGUAACAAUAAAGAAACAUGUUUAUAA